UUAGCAUAGGUCAGUCCAACGAAAGCCACCCCUAGUUCAAGAUGAAGUUCCUGCCUCUGUUCGCUGUGUUCCUAAUCCUUGGCUGCUCCACCUACUGCAGCGGCGCUGCUGUGGCCAAGCCCACGGGUCAGCCGGGUUGCCAAACGGCCGAGGAAGUGGAGGUGGCACUAUAUGCCCACUUCUACCUGAAGAGCGCCUUCUGGAUGUGCUCCACCCAGGGCGUUCCCGCCACCCUCGCCCAGUGUCCCAUUGCCACUGCAUGGUUGGAUUCCGCCAAGGCCUGUGUUCCUUGGGCCCAGUGGGUGUGGUCUCCCAGUGUCCAGCCGCCCAGUCAGCCCGAAGUUGCUGCCUAGAACUGGAGAUUUAGCAUUCCACGCUCUUUCAAAAUAAAUCAAAUUUAAUAUCCCUAUCAUGUGUCAAAAAGUGAAGAAUGUCCGUCAAAGUCUAGUAAAUGUAAAGAUUUAGUUAAUUUAUUUGACAAAUAACUUAGUUACUAACUAGCGCGCGUAAGAUAAGCACAAAGAAUUUGCACAGAUAAAUAUGUUUUCUGUAAUGUCAGACAUUCAAAUAAUGGAAAUUUUUACUUAAUUCGUAAAUAAAAAUGCACACAUUCCAGCAAAA